UUCGGAAUGUGACGCGUCUUCUUCGUCUCGAGUUCACGUAGCGAGAGUGAAAAUACGCAACGUCUGCUGAGCGCGUCAGUGACUAGAGAUGUGAAGCCUGUAAAAAGAGGACAACUGAACACUGUGUGAGAUAAACACCGUCGUCCAUCUGCCUGUGCUGAACUCCAUGUAUAAUGUCUCGACGAGGACGUUCAAAAAAAUCCAAAGCUCACGCAUUCACAGGACAGUGUGAGGGUCCAGGGGUCCAUGUGUUUCUCUUCUGGACCAAAGAGGGAGAGCGCCGCCUGACUUACAAGGAGGGAGAGGUGACUGCUGAAGAUCUGACCAUCUUCGCAGCAAAGACUGUGGGGAUCACUCCAGUCUGCCAUGCCUUGUUUGCGCUGUAUGACCCAGCUUCUUCAUGUUGGUACAGUCCAAAUCACAAAUUUAAUGCUGAAGACCGCUCUGGCCUUCUGCUGCAUUUCCGCAUGAGAUUUUACUUCCGUAACUGGCACGGAUUAAGUGAAAAGGAACCGGUAGUGACACGGUAUGCAUUACGGACUGGAACAGGGGCAGAGUCGGUGAAGUCUCCUUUGCUGGAGAUGACCUCUCUGGAAUACCUCUUUGCUCAGGCGAAAUACGAUUUUGUGAAUGACUUGACAUGUUUGGACGCAGUGAGGGGAGAGGAAGAGAUCAGUCGCUUUAAGAAUGAAUGUCUAGGCAUGGCUGUGCUUCACCUCUCUUACACAGCACUACAGAGUGGCUCUUCUCUACAGGAUGUGGCCAAGCAGACCAGCUUUCUCCAUUGCAUCCCUCAAUCCUUUUCCCGACAAAUUGCCCGGGAUAACCUCCUGACGAGGUUCCGUAUUCGGCGCGUGUUCACAAACUUUGUGAAAACGUUCCAGCAGCACACGGUGGGAACGGGAAAACUUGGAGCGCAAGAGGUCAUGUACAAGUAUAUAUCCACACUGGAGCGGCUGGCACCAAAUUUUGGCGUCGAGACCUUCCCUGUGUUCAAUCUUGACUUGAGAGCUGAUGGAGAUGGAAGUGGGUCAUACCUCAACGCCUCCCGAACACAAGCUCCCUCUGAGGAAGCUAUGAACGGUGAAGCUACUUAUGAGAUCAGAGUGUCUGGCUCAGCUGGCAUAUGCUGGAGGAAGACAAUGGGUCAGUGGGGAAAUGACUAUAUUCCUAGUCAGAACGGAGAAGCACAGCCUCCCGAUGAACAGGAAAUGGACAGCUGGAGCAGCUUCUGCGACUUCCCUGAGAUCUCUCUUAUUGCCAUCCAGGGUAUAAACGUCUGCAUCAGUCGCCAAGACAACAUGGCAAUGAAUAUGCGUUUGGGUUCCAGUCUUCAGGCUCGCUCUCUGGUUUCACUGCUGGAUGGAUAUUUCCGCCUCACAACCGACGCACAUCAUUAUCUUUGUCACGAAGUGGCUCCCCCCAGAGUGGUUCUCAGCGAGACCAAUGACCUGCACGGUCCCAUACUGGAUGAGUUUGUGUUACAAAAACUAAAGAAGGAAGCAGAGGAGGGAACGUUUAUUGUGCGCUGGAGUGUAUUGGAUUACCAUCGCAUAAUCCUUGCAUCUCUUAGUCGGACAAAGGAUGGAGAAAAUCCUAUAUACAAGCAGUUCAGAAUUACACAGAAGGGCUCCAUGUUCAAACUGGAAGGCUGGGAUCAGGAGUUCUCCAGCAUAAAGGAGCUCACCAGUAGCUUAAAGGCCUUCGUGCUGAAGUCUGGAGAAGACAGCUUCACUUUGAAGAAGUGCUGCCUGCCCAGACUAGGAGAGCUAUCAAACCUUCUCAUAAUGAGAAAGGGUGCCAACAGUAGCAUUAAAACGGUCUCUGAAGCCCUAAACCUAAGCCAGCUGCGGUUCCAUCAAAUUAAGGACAAGGAUAUUACAAAAGAGCAGCACUUGGGACGAGGGACCAGGACUAAUAUUUAUUCAGGCUGGCUGAAGGUUCACGGCUCACUAGAGGAAGAAGACGACGAGUCUAAUAACAAUCACCGCAAUGUGAAAGGCAUCCGAGUUGUCCUUAAAAUUCUGGACCAGAGCCACAAGGAUAUAGCACUAGCAUUCUUUGAGACGGCUAGUCUAAUGAAUCAGGUGUCACACUGUCAUCUGGUCUUUGUUCAUGGAGUUUCAGUCAAGGGAUCUGAGAACAUUAUGGUGGAGGAGUUUGUGGAGUUCGGCCCAUUAGACGUGUUCCUGCACAGAGAAAAGGCGCGUGUCACUCCUCAGUGGAAGUUCACUGUGGCUAAACAGCUUGCCAGCGCUCUUUGCUAUCUUGAGACAAAGCGUUUGGUCCAUGGAAAUGUCUGUGGCAAGAAUAUUCUGGUGGUCAGGAAGGGUUUGGAGGAGGGCACGUCCCCGUUUGUGAAGCUUAGUGACCCUGGCAUUUCUCUGUCGGCUCUGUCUCGUGGAGAGCGCGUGGAGCGCAUCCCGUGGAUCGCUCCGGAGUGUAUAGCCGACGGGGCCCGUAUAGGAAGUGCAGCAGACCAGUGGAGCUUCGGGGCGACUCUGUUGGAAAUCUGCAACAAUGGAGAUCUUCCUGUCAGCGGGAGCACACUGCCCGAGAAAGAGCGAUUCUAUGAGACGCAGAGUCGCUUGGCUGUGCCGUCCUCUCAGGAGCUGGCGAGCUUUAUCAGCAUGUGUCUGACCUACGACCCAGCUGCACGGCCCUCUUUCCGGACCAUUCUGCGAGAGCUAACAGAGAUUCAGAUUAAAAAUCCAGACAUUUCAUCCGAAUGCGAGUCGCUCCCAGACAGAGACCCCAGUAUUUUUUACAAACGUUACCUGAAGAAGAUCAGAGAUCUGGGAGAGGGACAUUUUGGGAAAGUGAUGCUGUACGUCUAUGACCCUGGCAAUGAUGGAACGGGAGAGUAUGUGGCUGUGAAGGCCUUGAAACAAGAAAGUGGAAGUAACCUCCAUGAUUCCUGGAUGAAGGAGAUCGAGAUACUCAGAUCACUUUACCACAACAAUAUUGUCAAAUACAAGGGGUGCUGUACUGAACUGGGAGGACAGGUGGUUCAGUUAAUCAUGGAGUAUCUACCACUGGGAAGCCUCAGAGAGUACCUGCCCAAACAUCGGCUGGGAAUUGCGCAGUGUCUCUUGUUUGCGCAGCAGAUCUGUAUGGGCAUGGACUAUCUGCACUUGAAACGCUACGUCCACCGGGAUUUAGCUGCACGGAAUGUUUUGGUGGAGAAUGAAGGUGUGGUUAAGAUCGGUGACUUCGGCUUGACGAAGUACAUUCCCGAAGGAGAGGUCUACUAUCGUGUUCGUGAGGACGGAGACAGCCCUGUGUUCUGGUAUGCCAUUGAGUGCCUGAAGGAGAGCAAGUUUUCCUUCGCGUCUGAUGUUUGGUCCUUUGCAGUAACCCUCUAUGAGAUUUUAACCCACUGCAACCAUCGCCAAAGCCCCCCUUCGAAAUUCUUUGAGAUGAUGGGAUUGGUCCAAGGUCAAAUGACUGUGGUUAAACUUAUUAGCCUCCUGGAGAAAAAUGAGAGAUUGCCAUGUCCUCGAGACUGUCCUCGUGAGGUCUAUUUACUGAUGGAGCAGUGCUGGGAUUUCUACCCCGCGCAGCGUCCAUCGUUCAGUUCCCUGGCUGAGUCUCUGAAGGACAUCCUGCAAACCUACAAACAGCAACCGUCUGUGCAGCUCGCUCAGCUCAACCAUUGCUGACCUGCUCUUUCUCUUCCUGUGCCAUUCUCACAGCCUGUAACCAUAGCACUGAGCCUGACCACACUUAGCUCAUUGGGCUAUUUUUUUUUUUUUUUAGAAAAGAGGAUGUUUUUUUUUUAUGUUCAUUUGAGGGAACCCACAUACUGUACCACUCUUUCUACCAAAACUGUGCUAGACCCAGGGUUUUACAAAUUCUUAGAACUGUUCGCCACUUUCAGUCACUUGCGAAGUGAAAGACAACUUAACUUAUUGUUACUCCAUAGCCACCAGCUCCAGCACAGGUCCUCUGUCGGUGGAAAAAAAGUUAACUGUGUCAUUAAGUGCUCUUUAAAGUGACCGUAUGUACGUUUUCACCUUGUCAAUCAAUCAAUCAAUCAAUCGUUUUUAUUUAUAUAGCGCUUUUAACAACACAGGUUGCAUCAAAGCAUUGUAAUAAUCAGUCUCAAAAUCAUUGUGGUGGUACACUGACUUCUAAGAAGGCGAAUGACUUUCCCACACUGUGACUCUUCUGGGAGUAAAAUAACUGCCAAAGCGGUGACUUGCUUUACAGCAGAAACAAUGUAUACACGUAUACAGCUGUCCACUGUAAAAACUACAGUGGAUUCCUCACUUUACUUUAGGGGUCGCAAAAAUAUGCAGAACUACAUAUGGUUGCUUUAAGUCAAGUGUCUUGCUUUUGAAACCAUAAUAACCAAAGAAUGCAUGGUUGUGGAUUAUUCAUUCAUUAUUUCAUUCCAAAUGUAACAUAUUAUUGUGUAAAUACUCUCAGGUGUGUUUAGUUGCUUACAAGUUUACAUCCUCGGUCUGCACACAUACACAUACACAUACACAUACACAUACACAUACACAUACACAUACACAUACACACACACACACACACACAUAUAACAUAACAUAACAUAACAUCGGGAGUAGGCAAAGACUGUGACAGGCUAAUGACCUUAAUUAUAAGAAUUGAGAUGUUUACAGUAUGUUAUAAAUGCCGCUUUGAAUGUUGUUCUUUUUAUUUAUAUUUUCUCUUUUCAAAAAAAGUGCAAUUCUUCCCACAUUUUAUUUGUAUGGACGUACUUCUUUUGUUCCUUUUGUACAACUUCCUGUGUGAAAUGCUUUUGUCUUAAUGUUCCACUGAAUGUAUCUAUAAAACUCUUUAAUAAAUGUAAUUAUUUUAAGUGUAUACCGAAAUACAAUCUUUUGAAAGGCAUUGUGUUAUUUAAAAAUGGAUCCUUUUGGGUUUCCAUUCAUUGCGAAACAAAGUCAGCGUGAAAUAAUGAACCCUGUCUAUUUAUCUGAUUGAUCUUUAGGUGAAUGCAUCCAUGUAUAUCUUUUUUUGACCUAUAAUAAAAUAACAUAACUCAA